UUCUGGAGACGACAAUGUGUCCAUGCCGUAUAUUCUUAAGGAAUUUGCUUUCGAAAUUGAACAGGUGCAGUGCAGGCUCCGUUCUCCCAGGAGACAAAACUCAAACAUCAGAACUACGCUUACGGCGACGUGAGAAGCAACUCUUUUGGAUUUAAGGUUUUCUCUUCAAGUCCAGGGCAUAAGAUAUGGAAGUAAAACCAACAGUUGCCUUGAGGGCUAUGCUUGUAGGAGGAAUUGCAGUGUUUGCGAAGGUAGGUGCUGCAAUGAAAGCUGCUGGCAGUGCAAAGGUUGGUGCUGCAGCUGUUGCAAUGACGGCGGCCGCAACCGCAGCUGUGUCAGGAUCUAAACAAGAACAGGAUGCUUCUAAGCAGAAACCAAGUUAAUUUUUAUGUACUUGGGAAUUGUAGUGUAUAAUUGGCAGCUCCAUGUUGUCUUGGAGCUCAUGAGUUAUAAUGUUUUUCUCCUUUUUUUUUUAAGAAACCAGUUAAAAUAAGAGAAAUUACAUUGUUCUUUUGUAUUGAAGCUUCGUUUCUUGGUAAGCUACAUAAGCAAUUGAUCUUCUCAGGAAAAUAAGAUUUAAUGUUCAGCAAGACUUCA